GGGAUCACACGAACCAUCUCGCCCGCCCGCCCGCCCCCAAAGACCAGCCCCCUCUCCCUCCUCGCCCCGCCCCCGUCCCAUCCCCAAAUCCGCCACGAGCUCCUCCUCCCCCCUCCACCACCUCCUGCACGCUCCUCCCCCAUCCUCGCCACCAGCUCCCCCCUCCUCCUCCUCCACCUACCCAACGCAUCGCGCGGCGCGGCUGCGGCGACGGCCCUUCUCCGGUGAACAGAGUAGCCAAGAGCACCAGACAUCAUGAGCGGAGGCGUCGAGCCGGAGACCCCACCCAGUAGCGGCGGCGGCGGCGCCACCGGUAGCCCCAUGGCCCGCAAGCCGCCGCGUCACCAGCUCACGGCCAUACGCCACUGCGCCAGCAGUGCGCGCAUAGCCGCGGCCUCCACAGACCUGGGCUUGGAUUCGGGGACGCUGAGCUUGAUCUCACCCACAGAGAUCCGUCCCAGCUUCCUGCCGGUCUACCGGUCUGGGAGCUAUGCCAAUAUCGGGCCGAAGACGUACAUGGAGGACGAGCAUGUUUGCAUCGACAGCCUCAUUGAGCACCUCGGAAUGCGUACCCCUGCUAUCCCUGCACCAGGCGCCUUCUAUGGGGUGUUUGAUGGUCAUGGUGGUACAGAUGCAGUCUGUUUCGUUCGGAAGAACUUGCUGAAGUUCAUAAUCGAAGAUGGUCACUUCCCCAACAGCAUGGAGAAAGCAAUCAGAAGUGCAUUUCUAAAGGCUGAUCACGCGAUUGCGGAUUCCCAUUCUCUUGACCGCAGUUCGGGGACCACAGCAUUGACGGCCCUUAUUUUUGGCAGGACAUUGCUUGUUGCAAAUGCUGGAGAUUGUCGAGCAGUAUUAGGAAAGCGAGGACGGGCCGUUGAGCUGUCAAAAGAUCACAAACCCAGCUGCAAGAGUGAAAAGCUCAGGAUUGAGAACCUUGGUGGCAUAGUCUUUGAUGGCUAUCUCAAUGGUCAGCUGUCUGUAGCAAGGGCAAUCGGUGACUGGCACGUCAAAGGUUCCAAAGGGUCUAUAAGCCCUCUCACUCCAGAACCUGAAUUUCAGGAGGUUAGACUCACUGAGGAAGACGAGUUCUUGAUAAUUGGAUGUGAUGGCCUCUGGGAUGUGAUGACCAGCCAAUGUGCUGUGUCAAUGGUACGGAAAGAGCUGAUGGCUCACAACGAUCCGGAAAGGUGCUCAAGAGAACUUGUUCAGGAAGCGCUCCGACGAGACACUUGCGACAACCUAACUGCAGUGGUUGUAUGCUUCUCAGCCGACCCACCCCCUCAAAUUGAGAUCCCAAGAUUCCGGGUACGGAGAAGUAUUUCGAUGGAAGGGUUGCAUAUGCUAAAGGGUGCUCUCGACAGUAAUGCCUGACCUCCCUCAAAACAUGUCUUCCCUCGCGUAACCCUUUUGUUGUAUGAUCUUAUAUUAUUUGUUGUUGUUGUUCCUUGAAGUUUUGCCCAGGUCUCUCGACUAUAGGUCUCGGAAUAAGUUGUGUAGAAUCAUGUUCCAAAUUUUGUUGAGGUGUAGGCUAAUCAUUUUGCGAAGGCAAAUGCUCUGUUUGUACCGGCUAGCAUUUGAUUGUCCAGAGUGUAAUUGGGCAAUGCCCGGCAUUCUUAUUCUGGUAUGAAUGACAGAUUUUAUAGCUGAUCAAUUUUGCUCUA